AUGGAUGAAAAUUUUGACAAAGAAAUGCUCAGAGAAAUUCUAUUAAACCCUGUGAACUGGGUAAACGCAAAGGGGAACCCCGUUGUGGUCAGCGGAGGGGUAACAGCGAAUGAAGAUCUUGGAAAGCUGGUGGGAAAAGUACAGCAUGGGGCUGCUAUUGGGGACAUUGAUCACCUAGUCUUCCGAGACCCCAAGUGUUUCCGGGCGGGAGAGUUGCAUCAAUGUGCUCGUUAUUGGGAUGAAAUACUGGAUACAUCGGCGGAUCAGAUUCAAGCAGAUGUCCGGACUUGGAUUCAUGAUAAAGUUUCAAUUUUUCCAUUUAUGCAACAUUUUAAGGGUACUUUUAAAGGGGAAGGGUACGAUUGUGAUCGGCCACCUACCAGGGCAUUUAGGAAUAACUUGUCGUGCAAAGCCUUUAUUCAGUUUAUUCAAUCUACCCUGUUAGACCGCUUGAAGACGGGUGCAAUUUCAUUAGUUGGAAAGGUACCCUUGGAUCAGGAGGCCUAUGCUGUUUUGAAUAAUAAGGGUGAACGUAAUAAGGCAGCUGCCAAGUCAGCUUUGUUUAUAGUGGCGUAUCACCUUGUAAAGUUGGGUUAUUUUCUGGGCCUUGCUAAGUCAGUAGUUGAACCGAUGAAGGUUGUCCGGUACUUAGGAUUUCUGGUGGACUCAGGAAAUGAGGUUUUCCAUUUAAUUCCUGAGAAACAGGAAAAGUUCGUCCGAUUGGUGCGUGAGGUCUUAGAUGGGAAAUUUGUUGGUGUCAAAACGCUUCAGCGCUUGGAAAAGUUGACAAUUAAUUUGGUGGAAAUUGACGAUCGUUUGAGACAGUUGGAAAAUUAUGAUCAGGUGACGAAGUAUUCGAAGCAAAAGGAUUCUCUUAGACGAGAGUUAUGUUCAUUCCUGGCCGGUCUUCCUGGUCAGGUGUCAUUGGUAACGGUAACACCACGUGAUCUAUGUCGGUUCUUGGUCUAUAAAGACAAGGAUGGUAAAACACAAGUACAUCGCAAUAGCUGUGGGUACUUGGGACAGAGGGGUCGCUUUGAGUGCGGAUGCCCGAUGAGGUUGUCUUACAAGACAGUGGAUUCAUAUAUAGGGAAAUUACGCUCGAUUUUUCACUCUCUGGGAAGGGAUGGUGAGUGGGACAGACGUCUAGGCCUGGGAAACCCUGCGUCGGACAAGUUAGUGAAAGAUUUUCUUCGACUAGUGACGGCUGAGCAGCUGCAGGCACGUGUAACGCCCAAGCAAGCGACACCUUUCUUCGUUGAUAAAUUAGUGAAAUUAGCGGGAUAUAUUCAGAGAGAACUAGAGCGCGUGAAGGAUCCGGUCCAGCGUUUUAUACUAGCGCGUGAUCAAGCAUACUUUAAGACAAUGUUCUUCAGUGGGGAUCGUGGUGGAGAUCUCGGGCAGGUUAAGGUGCCGGAGAUUCUUCGUUUUCCUAAUGAUGAUGGUUUCUUGUUUAACCAUGUGUGGGGGAAGACCCUAAGGGAUGGGGACCAAAAUGUGUUCGGAAUUCGUCGUAAUCCUCAGACGGUCAUUUGUCCUAUAAGUGGUGCUGACAUUGCUGAGAUUAUGGACCACGUGGGUUGGUCAAGACGUCAUACAGCCCACUAUUACUUACAGUUGGCGAAAGUGCUCAAUCCCGAAGGGGCUUCAGCUCGUUUGGUGUCUGAGGAGAGCUCGCCCGCUACUAACCCGUGGCAGGAUAUGAAUCAAUUGAAACGUUUUGUUUGUGCUUUUCCGACUGAGAAUGACAAUAAGAAACGGGUGUAAAUUUUGUUCUGUAGUUUUGUUUGUAUUGUGCUUGGUUCAUGGAAAUAGACAACUUUUGUUGGAGGAAUGGGUUUGGAGGUUUGGGUUGUGAGGUUUGGGGUUGUAUUGGGAUCACUCAAGGAUUCUGGUCAUCGGGUAUCGGGUCCACAAAAUCGGAUCCGUUUACCAAUCGGGUCAUCGGGGUCAUCAUCCGAUCGGGGUAGGGACCCGAUUGGAUCCUCGGGGAUUUCGAACGGCGGGUCGGGGUGACGGAGUCGACCCGAUUUCAUAAUAACUAAUUAACAAUUUUCAGAAUUUA